UAUUUGUUCUUUUGAUUCCUACAAAUCUUGAUUAUUUUUUGUCCUUUGUUACUUGUCUUUCCUUAUGCCUUUAAUAUGCUUUCUAAUAUACCUUCAGUUACCUUCCUCCUCUCUUCAACAUCUUAAUACUAUCUUUUUCUGGUUUAGGGUUUAGAAAGAAGGGUCAUUUUGAGGUUUUAGUGACAUCAUGAAGGUUUCUGGCUUUUGUACUUUGUUCUUGAUGGUUGUGGCAGCUUUUACCUUUUUUAGCUUCAAAAGUACCACAGCUCCCCCUUGGUUUCCAGAUUUUGUUGCUACAAGAUGUGGUGAUAAAUCAACACCAAUUGCAGUAAGCAGGAAACUGAAGGAAAAUUUCCAUAGUAUCAAAAGAAAACUUGAUGUAGGUCUUGAUGAUUACGGUCCAAUUGAUCCAUCGCCUGAUUCUGGUGCAAAGAAUGUGAAUCCAGGACCAAUUGAACAUGGAACUCCUCUUAAUCCAUACAUACCAAAACCUCCACCUCCUAGUCGUGGACAAGACGAUUAUAAUUAGGAACAACUUGUUCUUAAUUCUCUUAAUGCUAUUAGAAGCAAUGCUAAAGAUUGUAGUAAUGAUGCUACUAAUGUAGUAGCACUAUUAGUUUGAACACUAUUUAACACUUUAUGUAUUGUUGUUGGGUCAAAAAGAGUCUUCAAAAGAGUCUAUUGGGUGACAUUUCUCAUGCUCAAAGUGAAGACCGUGUGUUGUCUUUAGUUUGCAUAGGUUGUUGUACAAUAUCUCAUGGUUAUCUUGCUGUGAAAUCUAUGGUUUCUCAUGUGUGUUAUGGUUGUGAAAAAUAAUAUAGUACCACUAAUUAUUUGUC